AUGACCACAGAAGCCUGUCCCAAAUACUGCUCGUGCCAGAAUCUGUCAGAGUCUCUGGGAACGCUAUGUCCCUCCAAAGGACUCCUGUUUGUGCCUCCGGACAUCGACCGCGGGACAGUGGAGCUGCGUCUGGGCGGGAACUACAUCCUUCGCAUCACUCAGCUCGACUUCGCCAACAUGAGUGACCUGGUGGACCUGACCCUGUCGCGGAACACCAUCAGCUACAUUCAGCCCUUCUCGUUCGGAGACCUCGAAACCCUGCGCUCGCUGCAUUUAGACAACAACCGUCUGAUAGAGCUGGGGCCAGACGACCUGCGGGGACUGAUCAACCUUCAACACCUCAUCGUCAACAACAACCAGCUGAGCCGAGUGCACGACAAGGCCUUCGAGGACAUGGCCCCUGCUCUGGAGGAUCUGGAUCUUUCCUUUAAUAACCUUGUGUCUUUGCCCUGGGACUCUGUUCGGCAAAUGAUCAACCUCCAUCAGCUCAGUCUAGACCAUAAUCUUCUGGAUUACAUUCCAGAAGGGACUUUUAAGGACUUGGAGAGGUUAGCUCGACUGGACCUGACCUCGAACCGAUUGCAGAAACUAGCCCCAGACCCCAUCUUCGCCCGUGCUCAGGACUCCAUCACACUCACCACGCCCUACGCUCCGCCGCUGUCUCUCAGUCUCGGAGGAAACCCUCUGCAUUGCAACUGUGAACUUCUGUGGCUAAGGAGGCUGGACAGAGACGAUGAACUCGAAACCUGCGCCUCUCCACCCAACCUGAAGGGGCGCUACUUUUGGAAUGUACAAGAAGAGGAGUUCAUGUGUCAGCCUCCUCUCAUCGUGCAGCACACUCACAGGAUGCUGGUGUUAGAAGGACAGACUGCGAGCUUACGCUGUGAGGCCAGUGGAGACCCCGCCCCUAUCAUCCACUGGCUCUCUCCCGAUGGCCGUCUUCUUGGAAACUCCUCCAGGACCUCUGUGUUCGCCAACGGCACGCUCAGCAUCACCAUCACCGUCUCCAAGGACUACGGGACAUUCACUUGCAUCGCAGCCAACGUGGCGGGCGAGUCCACGGCACCUGUGGAAGUGUCCAUCGUGCAGCUGCCCCACCUGAGCAACGGCACAGGGCAGUCCACACAGCCCAAGUCCCGCCUUUCCGACAUCACAAGCACCACCAGGGUCAGUAAAGGGGCCCCCAAAAGCCCCCCGGAGAAGGAGGUGGGUGUGUCAGAGGUGAGCGGUGUGUCGGCUCUGGUCACUUGGACGGUCAGUAACGCAGCCCCCAAAGUGAAGAUGUACCAGCUCCAAUACAACUGCUCUGACGACGAGGUGCUCAUCUACAGACAUUACAGUGUUCUGCAGACUCUGGACAGACUCCGGACAGACUCCGGACAGACUCCGGACAGACUCCGGACAGACUCCGGACAGACUCCGGACAGACUCCGGACAGACUCCGGACAAACUCUGGACAGACUCCGGACAGACUCCGGACAGACUCCGGACAGACUCCGGACAAACUCUGGACAAACUCUGGACAGACUCCGGACAAACUCUGGACAGACUCCGGACAAACUCUGGACAGACUCUGGACAGACUCUGGACAGACUCUGGACAGACUCCGGACAGACUCCGGACAGACUCCGGACAGACUCCGGACAGACUCCGGACAAACUCUGGACAAACUCCGGACAAACUCUGGACAGACUCCGGACAAACUCUGGACAGACUCUGGACAAACUCUGGACAGACUCUGGACAGACUCCGGACAGACUCCGGACAGACUCCGGACAGACUCCGGACAGACUCCGGACAAACUCUGGACAGACUCUGGACAAACUCUGGUGA